AUGGCUCAGCAAAAAGUUGAACCAGUAUUUGAGUUCAAGCUUAUUCUUGUUGGUGAUGGUGGUACUGGAAAGACAACCUUUAUCAAACGACACAAAAUGGUGGGGUCUGAGGGGAUAAUUGUUCUCACAGUUGGCUUGUUUCUGUAUCCAGCAGAAUCACAACAACAUCUACUGCUGUUCUAUACAAACAAAGGGGCUUUCCAGUUUAUUUGCUGGGAUACUUCUGGCGAAGAAAAGUUUGGUGGUUGCUGUGAAAGUUUCUUUAGAGAGGCCCAUUGUGCCAUAAUCAUAUUUGAUGGUACAUCACAAGUGACAUACAAGAACGUGCCAAGCUGGCAAAGAGAUCUUGAGAAAGCGAGAGGAGACAUCCCUAUUGUGCUUUGUGAAAACAAAUUUGACAUAAAAGAUGGUAAAGUCAAGGCCAAGUAUAUAACAUCUGACGAAAAGAAGAACUUACAGUACUGUGGAAUAAACACCGAGAGUAACUACAACCUUGAGAAGCCAUUAUUGUUGUUAGCACAAAAACUUGUUGGUGAUCCAAAUCUAAAGUUUGUGGAGAUGCCUCCUCUUGAAUAACCAGAGGUCCAAGUUGAUGAUGACAAGAAUGAUAUAUAAUCCCAAUACUCUAAGAAUAUAUGCUCUUUUGUGUAUUCUCUAAACCAAUUUGGAUUUCUUCUGGUUAUUGUAUUUUAGCUACAGGGCCAUGCCUCACAUGGGGUGCCAGUCUCAUUCACACCUGCCCUUUUGGGAUAGAAUUAGGUUAACUGCAGAGCAGAAGCUCUAGUUUCAGUUACAAUUCAAAAUACCCUCCUUCCUUAGAUCUUUAAUUCAAUUUGUAACUGUGGGUGUUUUAAUCAUGUAGUACUCAUGAGAAACAAAUCUUCAUUAUGUGUACUAUCUUUCACAUGUGGAUAUUUAGUUAGCAAAGAAGCAUGGAGAAAAAUUUAUGGAAAGUGGCCUGUUGUAGAUAACUCACCAUGCAGUUACAUAAAACAGAAAUUAUUUAUAUAGCUUUGUUCAAAAUAUGUCAAGAAACCUUUUUUUGUCUUGUGUUGCUGCAACAGUUAUAUGAAGACAUGUCCAGAUAACUUAUAGCUAUCAACAGUGAAAGUUCAGAGAAAGAUGCAACUAUGACACAGUCACACCUAAGUGCUCCUAAAGCAUGAAGAAUAAAUCUUCUAAUCUUUUGUUUGUUACACUCUUAUUUAUGUCUGAGCAAAAAUAACGUCAAAUAAAACUUUCCUGUUAGGGAGAGUGGUUGAAAUUGGGGCACAGACAGUUCACUGGUGUCUUGUGUUCUAAGUGAAGUGUCUUCCUCUGCACUGGUGGGUAGGGCAAUUGUGGUCCUCUUCAAAAAUGUAAUUUCUGAUGUUUGAGUGACAUGGGAAUGAAUUAGUCAGAAAUUAAUAUUCUGAUGGCAUGUUGAAGAGGUUUGCAUGGCAACACGGUAGUUUCAGAUUAUUUAAGCGUUUUGCAGGAAAAUUAAGUCAUUCUACAUUGGUCAGUCUUAAGUUUGACCACUUUCUUUUUUUUUUUUAUUUAAUGUAAUUUUGUUUUACAACUCUCUGUAAAAUAUCACUGCUUUCACUGAAUUUUCUGUGUGAUUAGUAGUGUAACUAGGUUUAUUUUAGUUACCCUUUCCGUGGGGUAUAGUGCUGCUGCAUUAGAUGAGGAGUAUGAUUCCACAUAUUUUUUGGCCACUUCUAAAGAGUGGUUUUUUAGUGGUUUUUUGUAUCUGGUGUAGCACAGCCUAUUUAAGUGUAACCCUUCAGUUUCAGUGAAUACUUGCAGUACAUUGCAGAUUGUAGUAGGAUGUGUAGACUACAAGACUAGCUGACUCAUCAGUAGGAUGUGUAGACUACAAGACUGGCUGACUUGUCCUAAAUAAACUUUCACAUUGAAUAUCUUACCUGAGUGUAGUCAGAAUCUCUGCUUUUUUUUAAAAAAACUUCACUCACCAAAGAAAAAAAUAAAAUUAAAG